AUAUGCUACCCAGGUCUCAUAUGCGCGCCCUAGUCACUCCUGAGGGCAUUUCGCCUGUGAUUCUCGUGCCAGCCAGCAGCCCGCUGCUGCACUACUCGGGUCGGUUCGUCGGCCACGGCUCUGCGAGGCGCUUUGAUUGGCCCGGCGUGAGCAUUUUAUUCCGAUCGAGCACGACAUCUGCGUCCAUCCUGCUCAACGAGACUCGGACCAACCGCUACGCGGUGCUCCUCAGCGGGCCCGACAACUUGACGAGGCACCGCCGCCACCGCGAGAUCCUCACCAGCGCUGGCCGUAAGACUGCAUGGGGCCACUACGGCUCGUACGAGCUCUUCUCCGGUCUGUCCGCCGAGCCGCGAGGCGUGAUGGUCCUCAAGCUGACCGAGGCGUGUGGCGCAAGGCCGCCCUGCGACUGGUGCCCCAGCUUCGGAGCCGCCAUCUUUGGCGGCCUCAUCUUCGACGAGGGCUCCGACCUCUCCGAGGCCGCGCUGCCCUGGCGCGAGGGGCGGCGGCUCGCCUUCUACGGCGACAGCAUCACUGUCGGCUGGGGCGCCGGUCGAGCAGAUCGACCCCAACCGCGAGCACCGAUGAGACAGAUCGACCCACCGCGCUGCCUUCACCUCGCCGCCGCCGCCGCCCGGCCACCUUCUUUGAUCGGCCUGUCCGAAGGCGCCCCUGCCGCGACCCGCAGGCGUUAGAGGCGGGGGCGACGACCGCGCGUGCGACGACGGGGAGGACCACAGCGCCGCUUGGGGGGUGGUGCUCUCGCGCAUGCUCGAGGCCGAGUUCCACUCGGUCGCCUGGAGCGGCAUCGGCGUCCUGCUCAACGACGCGGCAGACUCGCCUCAGAACCGCACGAUGCCGCAGAUGGCGCGGUCCCUCCUCGGCGGCGUCCCCGGCGCGGGCGACGUCCUCCCCGCCUCGUGGCGCCCCUCGGCUCUGCUGGUCCACCUCGGGACAAACGACUUCACGCCGGGCCACGAGAUGAGCGUCGCCAGCUUUGCGGCCGCCUACGUCGAGCUGCUUCUCAACCUCACGGCGGAGGCGGACUCGAGGCGGCCCGCCUCCAAGGUCUCCCCGGCCCCCGUGACCGCGGCCGAGCCGCCGCCCGUGUUUGCUGCCUGCGGCCCGAUGGGCACUCGCGGCGACCACCGCGGCGAGUAUUUCCCUUGCUCCGACAUCUGGGACGCCCUCGCCGCUCUCGGUGCGCAGCGCGCGCUCCGCAUCCACCCGCUCGACUUUCAGCGCCUGUACGAGGUCGACGCGAACGUCGGCGGGUGCAACCACCCGUCCGUGCAGGGCCAGCAGAGGAUGGCCGAGAUCGCGAGGCCGGUGGUUGAGCGGGUGCUGGGCUGGUCCGAGUCCAUUACGUAGGCUCCUUUGACUGGAACACUCUC